UCAUCUCUAAUGGACCAAGCACCGACUGGCAUUAGCAAGUCCAUGCAAACUUCACACAACUGUCCAGAAAAUGACCUCAGUCGAUGCGUGUAAAGUGUCUUCUCUGAAGGGGAAAGUGACCCUGAUUACGGGGGCCAGCUCUGGUAUCGGGGCGGGAACAAGUGUCCUGUUCGCCAAACUUGGAGCCUUAUUGGCUCUGAACGGACGCGACGUGGACAAUCUUAAGAAAAUAGCAAAGCAAUGCACCGACUGUGGCGCUGCGGAGCCCUUGCUUGUACCUGGAGACCUCACAGAUGAGGAGACGGUGAAAAAGACAGUGGAGCAGACUAUUGCUCACUUUGGGCGACUGGAUGUUUUAGUUAACAGUGCUGGGAUCUUGGCCAUGGGCAGCAUAGAGACUACUGACCUGGCUGAGUAUGACAAGGUCAUGAACGUUAAUGUCAGAUCUAUAUUCCAUCUGACUCAAGUUUGUGUGCCGCACUUAAUCAAGACCAAAGGCUCCAUCAUCAAUGUUUCCAGUGUCAAUGGACAGAGAUCAUUCCCUGGUGUGCUUGCCUAUUGCAUGUCGAAGUCUGCCAUUGACCAGUUCACAUGCUGUACAGCACUUGAGCUGGCAUCGAAACAAGUCCGAGUGAACUCUGUGUGCCCAGGUGUGAUUGUCACAGAGGUGCACAAGAGAGCAGGACUGGAUGAGGAGCAGUACGCUCAGUUUCUUGCAAAGUGUAAACAGACCCACGCCCUCGGUCGACCAGGUGAGGUGGAUGAAGUGGCCCAGAGCAUCGCUUUCCUGGCGUCUGACGCUGCGAGCUUCAUUACUGGAGUCAACCUACCUAUUGAUGGAGGCCGCCAUGCCAUGUGCCCAAGAUAAGCUAAUGUAUACUGACAUAAACCCCUCUGCUAAUCAAGUGCUUUCAAA